AUGGAAUGUAAAUCCGCGGUGUGUAGCAUACUCGGCUUAGGCUAUGUAGAUAGUGCUGGACAUUGUCGUGAAUGGUGUUCGAUUCUGGGGAAACUAUGGUACGUUAAAUCUUCCUUUAGGCUUUCCAAGUUUUGGGCCACGUUUGCGUGUAUUAAACCUUGUGUGUUAUCAUGCUCUACAGCUAUUCUACGAGGCUCGGCGCUCGGAGCACAACUUAUGAAACCAUCGCAUGAUACGCCAAUUUAUGAAAGAGAAUUGUUCACAGUGUUAAUGAGUUUUGGGAUAAACCUAAAUUUUAAAAGUACAAGAAAUUUUAACCAAAGGAGUCACAAUUUUUCUAAUAAAUCGCAUUUCAUAAUAAGAUCUUGGCUACUUUGA